AUGGCUCAAUUCGACUCUUGUCCUGAUAUUCACCUGGAAAACUUCUUUGAAGUUGUCAUUGUCGGCGGCGGCACGUGUGGUCUUGCCGUGGCGCUGAGACUAUGUGAAAACGCUCCUGGUUCCAUAUACACUGAGGAGGAGCACCAGAGAUUCCACUGGUUGAAGACCCGGGGGUCCCGUGUCAGCACGAUCCACAAGGGCAUGACGAAAACGCUGAAAUACGUGGCACCUACCAAACUCACGGCAGAAAAUAUCCUCGUUUUGGAUGCGCUUCUGGAUCUGUUCAUGGGAGGCUGGGACAACCAGUUCAGAUCGUGCCAGAUUCCCCAUUUACGGCUGCCCAUGUUCUUUCAUCCGGAUCCCGUGAACAUCGACGGAAUGAUCACGUAUGCUCAUAGCACAAAGCGGGAACGUGAUCUUAUGGAGAUCCAGAAUGUCGUGGGAAAAGAGUACCUGAAGCACCAGAUCAAGAGAACCAUGAAAAAGAAGCACAACAAACAACCUGCUGUGAUUGGAGACCAGGCUGGCGGAAGCAACAGAAACCAUGAUCGUCUGGGCAUUGUGGACAUCAACAUGCGGGACUGGAGAGACUACUACCGUCCACUGACGCCAUUCUUCCGUGAUUUCUGCAAUGAUCUUAUCGACCGUUACAGUUUGCACAAUUGUGUUCGUAAGGACGAAGUCGUGAGCAUGAAGUACACGGAUUUGCACAUUUUCGACCGGAACCACGUUGAAAAGGGCUUUGUCAUUAAGACGGAAAGCGGCAAGAUGUAUGGUUGCAAAACCUGCGUUGUCGCCAGUGGACAUCGUGGAAAAGUGAACUAUCCAAUUUGCGGAUUGGGCGACAAGAAGCCCAGUUUGGAUGCUUCAUGUCACACGACAGAUAUUUUCUAUGAGAGGGUGCCUUUUCCACAUCCCCGUUUGGUCGAGAAGAUCCAGCCUGAAAGGGAGAAGAAGCGUGCUGGACUGAGGGGUUCGAGAGACGAUUCUUCGAAAAAGAUGCCUCGAGAGGAGAAGAUCGAAAAGAUGGGAAAAAUGGAAGAGAAGCCCGAGGAGAUGGACCAUUUGAAGGCAGAAGCCAUGGAUGUGAAGAAGGAUAUGGCACCGAGGGAGAUGGUCAAUGAAAAAUCUGAAAAUUCUGAAAAGAUGGAAACCUCCCAGACCCAGGCGGUGGAGAUGACUCAGGAAGAUAUUGCCAACGACUUGGAGCUGAAGCGGACCAAGAAGAAAAUGGCCCGUGCUAAGGAGAUGAAGGAGAAGAUGGCUAUGGCCGAGGAGAAGAAAAAGCAGGAAAUGCAGAUGGCCCAAAAGAAGCAGGCCAUGGAAGAAAAGGCCAGAGGGGAGGAAUCCAUGGAGCACGAAACUAUGGAGAGGCAAGAAUCCAUGAUGGAUGAAAAGCAGAUGGCCGAGGAGAAUGACGAGAGUUCGACUGGCCCUAGUCUGCCAAAAAUGGGAGAAAAGCCGGGCUCCGUUUCCUCAAUGUCCUCCAUUUCCUCAGUGGAGAAGGAACAUUCCAUGGAGAAGGAAGUGUCAAUGAAGAAGGAAACGUCAAUGAAGAACGAAAUGCCAAUGAGAGGUGAAAACUCCAUGAAAAACGAAAACUUUAUGAAAAACGAAACCACUGUGGAGAACAAAAUGGCUGACAUUGGCCCCACGGAUAUUCCCUCCAUGGACUCUAAAAGCCAACCAGCCGAAUCCAUGAAAGACCUGUCCACGAAAAAACCGAGACUGAAACCUCCCAUGGCCUCCAAACCACACUUAGUCAUCAUCGGCGGUGGUUUGACCUCAGCACAACUUGCCCACGUUGCCUGCCUCAAAGGAAUCCACGUCACUUUGGUCCUCCGUGGUCCGGUCAAAAUCAAGCAUUUUGAUUUCCACCUCGACUGGGUCACCAAGUACAGAAAUGUCAAAAAACUGGCUUUCUACAUGCUUGACACCGACGAGGAAAGAGCCCAGUUGAUUUUGGAUGCCAGAGGAGGAGGGUCCAUCAACCCAGAGUACCACAUGAAAAUCAACAAGCACCAGGCAGCCAAGCGUCUUCUGCUUAUGAAGUACACCACGAUGGAAAACGGCCAGUUUGACGAAAACAGCCAAAUGUGGAACAUGGAUCUUGUUACCAGAGAAGAAGGCAUGGAACCCAAGGUGACCAAUGUCGAUGCCGACUACGUGAUCUGUGCUACCGGUAUUCUGCCCGAUUUGCACGGUUUGGGUUUCCUUGACGAGAUUAUCAACGACUACCCUAUCGACAUUGUGGGAGGAUUCCCUUGUCUUACUGACAACCUCCAGUGGUGUGAGGAGUUGCCUCUUUACAUGGUGGGAAAGAACGCCAGUUUGAGAAUUGGGCCUACUUCCGCAAAUCUCGAUGGAGCCAGAACCGGUGCUGAAAGAGUAGGCUGGAAGAUCCAGGAGGAUCUCGUGAAGGAUGAAAGGGAAGUCGACGAUACUAGAUUACAGCUUGCGGGAAACAACCUCAACUGGUAUACGCUUCUCCUGGAGGCAUAA